GACCAAAGCGCUGCACUGAGCGCUUACCGCCGCCCAGCCUCUCCUCGCGCGCCUCCUAUCUCAUCUCAAAGCAACCGGCAUCGAGAAGUGGUGUAGAGCCCUGGGGUGAGAAGGGCGAGUCUUCCUGGCAUUUCUCCUACCUUGCCUCUCUUCUAUCUUUGCCUCCCACUUGUUUGCCACCCAGUGAGUGAACCAUGGAGCCCAGAGCCUGGACUCUGCCAGGCACUGUUUUCACCUUCUUUGGCGCUUGGUGUCUCUUGAACAACGUGGGAGCGAAAAGGCAAUUUGUCAAUGAAUGGGCAGCGGAGAUCUCUGGGGGACCAGAGGCAGCCUCGGCUGUCGCUGAGGAGCUGGGCUAUGACCUUUUGGGUCAGAUUGGGUCUCUUCAAAAUCACUACUUAUUCAGACAUAAAAACCAUCCUCGAAGGUCUCGGAGGAGUGCCCUUCAUAUCACUAAGAGACUGUCUGAUGAUGAUAGAGUAUUAUGGGCUGAGCAACAAUAUGAAAAAGAAAGAAGUAAGCGUACAGUUCUAAGAGAUUCUGCAUUCAAUCUCUUCAAUGAUCCAAUGUGGAACCAACAGUGGUACUUGCAAGAUACAAGGAUGACUGCAGCACUCCCCAAGCUGGACCUCCACGUGAUACCUGUGUGGCAGAAAGGCAUCACUGGCAAAGGAGUUGUUAUCACUGUGCUCGAUGAUGGCUUGGAGUGGAAUCACACGGACAUCUAUGCCAAUUAUGAUCCAGAGGCUAGCUAUGAUUUUAAUGAUAAUGACCAUGAUCCGUUUCCCCGCUAUGACCCUACAAACGAAAACAAACACGGAACCCGAUGUGCAGGAGAAAUUGCCAUGCAAGCAAAUAAUCACAAAUGUGGGGUCGGAAUUGCAUAUAAUUCCAAAGUUGGAGGCAUAAGGAUGCUGGAUGGCAUUGUGACUGAUGCUAUCGAGGCCAGUUCAAUAGGAUUCAACCCCGGACAUGUGGACAUUUACAGUGCAAGCUGGGGCCCUAAUGAUGAUGGGAAAACUGUGGAGGGGCCUGGCAGACUAGCCCAGAAGGCUUUUGAAUAUGGUGUCAAACAGGGAAGGCAAGGCAAAGGAUCCAUCUUUGUCUGGGCUUCUGGGAAUGGGGGCCGUCAGGGAGACAACUGUGAUUGUGAUGGGUAUACGGACAGCAUCUACACCAUCUCCAUCAGCAGUGCCUCCCAGCAAGGUCUCUCCCCCUGGUAUGCGGAGAAGUGCUCUUCCACGCUGGCCACCUCUUACAGCAGCGGAGAUUACACUGACCAGCGAAUUACAAGUGCUGACCUGCACAAUGACUGCACGGAGACGCACACGGGCACCUCGGCCUCGGCACCCCUGGCUGCUGGCAUCUUUGCUCUGGCUCUGGAAGCAAACCCAAAUCUCACCUGGCGAGAUAUGCAGCACUUGGUUGUCUGGACCUCUGAAUAUGACCCACUGGCCAAUAACCCUGGGUGGAAAAAGAAUGGUGCAGGCUUGAUGGUGAAUAGUCGGUUUGGAUUUGGGUUGCUAAAUGCCAAAGCUCUGGUAGAUUUAGCGGACCCCAAGAUCUGGAUCAGUGUUCCUGAGAAGAAAGAAUGUGUUGUGAAGGACAAUGACUUUGAACCUAGAGCUCUGAAAGCUAAUGGAGAAGUUAUUAUUGAAAUUCCAACAAGAGCAUGUGAAGGACAAGAAAAUGCUAUCAAGUCCUUGGAACACGUGCAAUUUGAAGCAACCAUUGAAUAUUCGCGCAGAGGGGACCUUCACGUCACUCUCACUUCUGCUGCAGGUACCAGCACAGUACUGUUGGCUGAAAGAGAGCGAGAUACAUCCCCUAAUGGUUUUAAGAAUUGGGAUUUCAUGUCUGUUCACACAUGGGGAGAGAAUCCUGUAGGCACCUGGACUUUGCGAAUUACAGACAUGUCUGGAAGAAUGCAAAAUGAAGGAAGAAUUGUGAACUGGAAGCUGAUUUUGCAUGGAACGUCCUCUCAGCCAGAGCACAUGCAUCAGCCUCGUGUGUAUACAUCCUACAAUACUGUUCAGAAUGACAGAAGAGGAGUGGAGAAGAUGGUGGAUUUGGGACAGGAACUGCCUACACCAGAGAACGUGAGUGAGAAACCCCCGGUGGCAGAGAGUUCCAGCAGCAGCAUUUUGGGGGACAGCCGGGGUGAGAUGUCGGAGGGAGCCCCGUCCGAGGCCAUGCUGCGGCUUCUACAAAGUGCUUUCAGCAAGAACUCGUCCCCAAAGCAGCCGCCAAAGAAGUCUCCUAAUGCAAAGCUCAACAUCCCUUAUGAAAGUUUCUAUGAAGCCCUGGAGAAGCUGAACAAACCCUCUCAGCUUAGAGACUCUGAGGACAGCCUGUACAACGAUUAUGUUGACGUUUUCUAUAACACGAAACCAUAUAAGCAUAGAGAUGACCGGUUGCUUCAAGCUCUGGUGGACAUCCUGAAUGAGGAAAAUUAAAAUGAGGGUGUGAGUCUGAGGCAGAAAUAUUCACGCUUCCUCCUGCCCCUUAGAUUUUGCCUGUGUCUAAAGUGAUCAUUUUGUCAUUGAUCUUUAUGAUUAAAAUAUCCUUUGUGAUAAUUUUCCUUUUUCUCCCCAAACUCUAAAUUUGAAGGGAAUGAGAUAGAGUAGGAAAUCCCACGUCUGAAGUGAUGAUAGCUCUUUCACAACGUGUCUUUGCUCCCUGCACAGGUGAAAUACUCUGUCUAGAGUUCA